AAUAAAUACACCUUUUCGUUUACUACGUUUCUUUCAGCUACAGAAACAGCGCCACCUACCGGGCAAACACAACGAAUACAUGAAGAUAUUAUUUCAGAAAGAGAAGUUCUGGCUUACUUUUCCAUUCAAUCACGGAAAGUGCGUAAAAGCAAUUUUCGUUUCAUAGGCGCGCGGAAACAAUUUAUUUAUUUAUUUAAAAAAAAAGAAGAUUAAAUAGAAAAGCGCUCAAAUAUCAACACGUUUCAACUAUUGAUAUUGAUGAAAAGUGAACUAAAUUUGAAAAGGCUAAGUUGAAAAUCACUGAAGUUUCCCGGAAUGGAGAAAUACUUCUGAAACAUAUUGAACCAUGUCUGCUAAGUUUAGGAACAAACGUUGUUUGGAUUAAAAUGGAUUGCCAAAACUUUCUUCAGUAGAUCAUUCCGAUAAUCAGUAUAAACGCACCAUCAUGCUGAAUAUCUCUAAAUCUUUUAAUGAAACAGAUUUCUUUGGAGGAAAUUUCACUUUUCUCAAUUCUUCAGGUGCCGUCUUAGAUCUGAAUGAGCCGGCACCAUAUUAUGGAGAGUAUCUGACAGUCUACAGGAAUGGAUAUGGAGCCGUACAUGGUUACCUCAGUUUCACAGUCUGCUUAUUUGGAAUUACAGCAAAUGUCUUGAAUAUAAUUGUGUUGACAAGAAAAAACAUGGUGUCCCCAACGAACGCAAUCCUGACUGGUCUUGCUGUCGCUGACAUGCUCGUCAUGUUCUCUUAUUUACCAUUCACCUUCCACAACUACAUACGCCAGGAUCUGACCGAGGCGGAGAAGUUCUCGUAUGGUUGGGCCGUAUUUACUCUCUUCCAUGCUCAUUUCACUGUUGUCAACCACACAAUCUCAAUUUGGCUCACGGUGACUGUCGCCAUUUGGCGAUUCAUGGCAGUCAGUUUUCCGGCGAGCAACACAAACCUUUGCUCAAUGCCGAAAGCUAAGUGCGCCAUUAUUGCCACCUACAUAAGUUGUGCUUUGUUCUGCAUCCCUGUGUACAUCACGUUUACAGUGAGUGAGUUCAGAGGCGAUGAGGGCGAUAUCAUGUAUCGAGUGGACUUCAGCGAAAUUGCCCAACAGCACAACAAACUUAUGGAGAGAAUUAACUUCUGGCUGUUCAGUGUCAUCACGAAGCUGGUGCCGUGCGUCGCGCUCACUGCUUUGAGCCUGGGUUUGAUCCGGGUUCUGUACGAAGCUAACAAGAGAAAACAGCGGCUGAAGAAUAGAGUUGAGAGCGACAAAACGCAUGACAGAACAACGCGGAUGUUGCUUGCGGUGCUUCUUCUUUUCUUGCUCACUGAGUUCCCUGCCGGCUUACUCGCUCUUUUAAGUGGAAUAUUGGGAACUGAUUUCUUCAAUCACGUUUACCUCAAUUUUGGCGAGACUAUGGAUGGAUUGGCGCUCAUUAACAGUGCUAUUAACUUCAUAAUUUAUUGUUCCAUGAGCAAACAGUUCAGAGAUACAUUUGCGUUGCUGUUUAUACCUAACUGCAACAAGCAACGAGGUAAAAGUUUACUUUUAGAGCCAUCUAGGUCUGUUGCGACUACUUGCGUGUAAGUUACGGCUAUUCGCACUGCAGGUUUAUUCAAAUCUUGAUUCAUUGUGUUGCACCAAGAAAACAAUUUUAUGAACGGAGAGAAAUUAAAUAAAGAAGAAAACUUCAAUUCUUUCAUGUAAUAAUUUCUCAUGUAGUUUAUCAGUGACGGAAAUAUUACUGUCAUUGAACCACAACUACAGGACUUAAAUGAAACCAACAAUUUCCAAUUUCCUCCAUAAUCAAUUUUAAACAGUUUUUAAGGUAAUCCAAAAUUUGCGAAUUAAAUUUGAUUUUUUUUUAAAUUCAUUGAAAAAGUUCAGACUUUGACAAUUUUAUCAAUCUGCAUUCUACGAAAAAUGUGAAUUCCGAUGAGUAUCUAUCAUAGAGUACAUAUUUACAUUUUAGUGUAAAUUAGGAUAAUGUAGAUGAAUUUUUAUCAGUAUAAUAAAAUAAAAAAAUUAAAAAAAAAACAGCUUUUAAGUUGAAGCUAAUUUAUUCGCCAGUAUUACCAAAGGUGCUCAAUAGUUUUAAGGUAAAGUUGGUAACUCGUAUAUAGUACAUUUAGAAAUUCAUUUUAUAUGAAUUUUCUCAAAAACUGAUUACAAAAACAAUCAUAGAGAAAUAAAUAUUGCAAUAAAACUGAAACCAGAGCUAUUUUCUUUGUGGAUGUUUGCUUAUGCUGUUUCAGCUGCUAAAAUUUCGUCAUUUUUGUUAUGCAUAUUACCUGUUCGCAUUGUAGAGAGACUGUAUAUCCUUCUAAUGAGUAUUCCGUACUGAAGUUACUCAAACCUUCAACUGGGGUUAGACCGCUCAGUUUUAUAAAUCAAAAACGCCUGCGUCCUUCUCAAUCAAUUAGAGAAAGGAAAAGAUUUUUUAGACUGGGAAUAAAGUUCAAAGAGUUUGUUUAUGAUGUUUUGAAAUAUAUUUUAUUUGCCUUUUUAAUUGGUAAGAAUUCAGAACACCGAAGUAACCCGGACAACUGGGGGUAAUUUUGCCCAGUGGAGGUUUUUCCAUUGCAGUUUCUUGAAACUGUUAACAUGUUGUUUUCAUUGUUCAUUACUACCUUUAAACUCAAAUUCCUGUAAAUGCUAUCAUCUUUUCCAAGGUAAAAUGAGGAUUAGUAUACUGAAUUAUUGAAAAUGAAAGUUUACUUAUUGAUUUUUAAAUUUCUAAACACUUGUCAAUUGUUAAAUUCUCUUUAAAAAAAGUUUAAUAAAUAAUUGUUCGCAGAAAUGGUGAAAAGAAAAGAACGUGUUUGCGGGCACGUGCUAUGACUCACGCUGUUUGAAAAAAAAUUGAGGUGUCUGCCACAAAGAAAGAAUUUGCUGCGUUCUUUUCUUUCAUUUCUUUCCAUGCAGAUGGAGAUGCUGGCUUCAUUCAGAAUAAUGAAUGCUGUUCUAAUUCUGUUUGUCGCUAGCUCUUGGAUUGGAAAGUUUCAAGCCAUUAUUGUCACUUAUAUUAAAAAAUAAAUUAGCACAAAAUACUAUUGGACAAGAAAUUUUACAACCAUUAAGUCACUUUAUCUCAAUUUCUGAGUUAUCUUAUCAAUUUCAUCAUCUCCGUGAUUCUUCUUUCAUCGGUAUUGAUUCAUUAUCAUGAGUACUGAUGAUGAUUCAUCAUCAUUGAGGCAUCAUACCUUCUUACUGAACGAUUCUGUCACUCUUUGAGAGUAAAUGAGUGGUGAACGAAGUAGUCCAAUUUUUUCUGUUAAUUUCGUGGUCCAACAAAACAAUGACAAAUAUGUAAAGGUAUAAAAAGUUUCCCAAUCAUAUACCUGCACUGGCUGUACUCUGUGACACAAAUAGAAACAAUGUGAAUAACUUACAAGCUAUUCUUUGACUGGACCGGAUACAUAUUGCAAGUCAAGAAACUAAUAAUAUACAAAACAAGGCAUCGUCAUCGUAGUAAAAAUUUGGAAAGACAUAAAAGUAGGUUUUAUUGGCUAUACAUCGUUCCAGAUAUUAUUAUUAUUAAUUUUAGUUUCUUCGAUGGUUUUAUGUUUCCUCUUAUUUUUCAAUUUAGUACAAACGAAAUCAAAGAAUUAUUUUUUAUUUGAAAUAAAUAAAAAUAGUUCAUUUCCAACCGCAAACAUUAUAAUGAUUGAUCACAUUGAUUUUAUUGAUAGAUAAUAGAUGAACAUAUACUAGUAAACCCUAAAAGAACACCGAGUUUUACUGGAUUGUCCUACAUUGAUGAUUUUCAAAAAUUUAUGACAGGAAAACAAUUAAGGUUUUAAGAAAAAAUCUUGCUUCAAAUUAGUGUCAUAACGCAUAAAUGCUUUAUCCAGAGUUCUUGGCUUUAGUUUAAAAUUUUCAGACAGAUGGCGCUAUUAUGCCUUUCUAUUGAAUUUUCCUCUGUUUCAUGUCGCAUAAAGACAUACAUGUUCGAUUACAAACAAGUGAUUGCGGCUAAUGGAGGGAAUACUUAAUGUGAUUUCCAUUCAUGGAACGGGAUAAAAAAUUGCUAUGGAAUUUUGAGUAGUUUUUCUUUGAUUCACAAGUUUAUUGC